AUGCCUCCCGGUCCCGGCGUCGCAGACCAGGCGCCACCGCCAGCGCCACCGGCACAGCCGCCGCGGAGCCCUCACCGGGGCAACGGCGCCAUGCCCAUGCCGCAGAGCCCGCUCCGCAUCAAGCAGGAUGGCAAGUUCUACGAGCGGCUCCUCACCAAGGAGAGCUCCGCGGCCAACCUGUCGUUCCGGUACUACUGGGCGGAGCCGGGCGCGGUGCCGUUCGUCUGGGAGUCGCAGCCGGGCACGCCCAAGGACGUCGCGCGGAUGGGCGCCGCCGGCGCGCUCCCGGCCAUCACGCCGCCGCCGUCGUACCUGCUCAAGCAGCAGGUGGUCGCCUCGGCACGCCAUGACCAGAAGAGCGACGGUAGGGCGGCGAGGAGCGGCAGGAAGCGGCGCUGCAGGCUCAAGAGGAUCAGGAUAGGCUUCAUCGCCGGGAUCUUCCGGCGGCUCAGCCUCGGGAAGAGGUGGCGGCAGCGCCCGGCGACGCCGGUCAAGGUGGCGUCGUCCUCCAGCCGGUGGCUCUUCUCCUCGGUGGCCACGGAGACAGGCGAGCACAACGACCUCCACCAGGACGAGAUCGGCGCCGUUGCCGCGCACCCGAAACAGCACAAGGCCGUGCCGUGCAGCAGCCCCACCCUGUGGCUGCUGCGCUUCCGCAACAGCUCCGGCAACCGGGGCGGCCGGAACGACGGCUGGGCGUAG